AUGACUUCCAAUACUGCUGUCCCACGACUUGCUCGCUACCGCCAACUGUCACCAUCAGCAGCCCUCUUCGUCUCUCCACUAUGUCUCGGCAGCAUGAGCUUGGGAACCAAAAAUGAGGCAAUGUUUGGAGCAUGCUCGAAAGCAACCGCAUUUGAGAUUCUCGACCACUACUACAGCGAGGGUGGCAACUUCAUCGAUACCGCCAACUCUUACCAGGGCGGUGAGACGGAGACUUGGCUAGGCGAAUGGAUGGCAGCUCGUGGAAACCGGGACCAAAUCGUCCUCGCUACCAAGUACACCGGACCCCAUCCGAGCCCGGACAAAAACAUCAAAAUUCGUGCCAACUAUGGCGGAAAUGGGAUGAAGGCGCUGAGGCUGACCUUUGCGGAUUCUUUGAGAAGACUGCAGACCAGUUACGUUGACAUCCUAUAUCUUCACUGGUGGAACUUUACAGCCACUGUCCCGGAGGUGAUGCAUGGCCUCAACGACCUUGUGGUCUCUGGGAAAGUCCUCUAUCUUGGUAUCUCCGACAGCCCAGCCUGGCUUGUGACCAAGGCCAACCAAUAUGCUCGGGACCACGGCUUACGCCAGUUUGUGGUCUAUCAGGGCAUCUGGAAUGCGGCUAUGCGUGAUCUCGAGCGGGACAUUGUUCCUAUGUGCCGUGAUGAAGGCAUGGGUGUCUGCGGGUACUCUGUCCUCAAUUCCGGGAGGUUCCAAAGCGCGGCCGCUUUCGAAGAACGCAAAAAGAACAAUACAGGGCGGCAAUUUCCUGUGACAGCACGAGACAAGGAUGUGUCGAGGGUAUUGGAAACGAUCGCAGAUACCAAAAAGACCACCCUGACCAAUGUGGCGCUUGCCUACGUUAUGCACAAGGAGCCUUACGUUUACCCCAUCGUGGGCGGGAGUAAGAUCAGUCACAUCAAGGGCAACAUUGAAGGCUUGUCUACCAGUCUCAGCGCCGAGGAAAUGGAUCAAAUCGACAUGGCUUACGACUUCGACCCGGGAUUCCCAUACACAUUCCUGAGUGGAACAAUGAUUCAAGGGUUCGACAUGCCGCAAAAGGGGGCUUCACAUGCCAGCGAAGUCUGUUGGACGAUGGCUCAGGGGACCUUUGACUGGGUCGAGAGUCCCAAGGCCAUCAAGGUGGCUCCUUCGUGA